AUGUCUACGUGGGGUCAGUACUUUCGAGUCACUACUUAUGGCGAGUCUCACUGCCGGUCUGUCGGCUGCAUAGUCGACGGCUGUCCUCCCGGUCUGCAAUUAACAGAGGACGAUAUCCAACCUCAACUAACUCGUCGACGACCGGGGCAGAGUGUACUCACCACUCCGCGCAAUGAAAAGGAUCGCGCGGAGAUUCACUCGGGCACCGAAUUUGGGCAUACCCUUGGCACCCCCAUUGCUAUCAUGGUUCGCAAUGAAGACCAUCGUCCAAGGGACUACGGGGGUCAAACAAUGGAGGUCUUUCCUCGACCUGGACAUGCCGACCUGACCUAUCUCCAGAAAUACGGCGUGAAAGCCAGCAGUGGAGGUGGACGGAGCAGUGCACGCGAGACGAUAGGCAGGGUAGCAGCCGGGGCCAUCGCAGACAAAUAUCUGCGUCUGGUCCAUAAUGUCGAAAUCGUCGCCUUCGUCUCCUCGGUGGGCAGAGAAUAUCUCAACCCCCCUACUCCUGAACAUCCUAGCGGAAUCAAUCCUGAGUUCCAACAGAGGCUCAAAGGCAUCACCCGGUCCAUCGUGGACCAGUUCGAACCCGUUCGAUGUCCGGACCAGGAGGCGUCGCAGCGCAUGAUACGCGUGAUUGAGCGCUUCCGCGACGAGCACGACAGUAUCGGUGGCACCGUGACAUGCAUCAUCCGCAAUGUCCCCACGGGAUUGGGGGAGCCCUGUUUCGAUAAACUCGAGGCCAAAAUGGCGCAUGCAAUGCUGAGUAUCCCCGCCACUAAGGGAUUCGAGAUCGGAUCCGGUUUCGCCGGGUGUGUCAUGUCUGGGUCAGCGCACAAUGAUCCCUUUGUCCGACAGAAUCGGGUACUGGUAACGAAGACGAAUCACUCGGGCGGCGUACAGGGGGGAAUCUCUAAUGGCAGCGCUAUCUACUUCACCGUGGCUUUUAAACCGCCCGCCACGAUCGGUCGGCCACAGUCUACGGCGAAUUACCAGCUACAAGAUAGUGUGCUCGAAGCCAAAGGGCGCCAUGAUCCAUGUGUGGUGCCUCGUGCGGUGCCCAUUGUCGAGGCAAUGACUGCGUUAGUGCUCAUGGAUGCGCUGAUGGCCCAGUAUGCUCGAGAUGCGGCCAGGGGGAUUACUGGUGCCAGCGGAUGGGGAAAUAAAUGUGUAUAG